GCAGGGGCGGUGGCCGCCACCGCCCCUCGGCGGGCCGUGGUGGGGAGCGGUGUAGGCGGACAGCGCGGAGCCAGCUCGUGUCCUGCUGUGCUGGAGGCUGUUGCCAUGACCCUCACCAAAGGCUCCUUCACCUACUCCAACGGAGAGGAGUACCGCGGCGAGUGGAAAGAAGGUCGCAGGCACGGCAUCGGACAGCUGACGUUUGCUGAUGGCACCGCUUACGUGGGGCACUUUGAGAACGGGCUCUUCCACGGCUGUGGUGUGCUCACCUUCUCCGAUGGCUCCAGGUACGAGGGGGAGUUUGUGCAGGGCAAGUUCAAUGGCGUCGGAGUCUUCACCCGCUGUGACAACAUGACCUUUGAGGGCGAGUUCAAAGGCGGGCGUGUGUAUGGCUUCGGUCUCCUGACCUUCCCUGAUGGCUCCCACGGCGUGCCCCGCAACGAGGGCUUCUUUGAGAACAACAAGCUGCUGCGUCGGGAGAAGUGCACGGCCAUCAUCCAGAGGGCCCAGGGCGCCUCCAAGUCUGCCCACAGCCUGACAGUGUGAUGGUGCCCCACAUCCCCUCCCACCAGAGCAGGGAUCCCCCUGCUUGGGCACUGGCUGGUCCUGAUGGCCCUGGAGAAGGGAUGUGGCACUGCUGGGUGCCUCCCUGCCCUUCGUCCCCUCCAAAUGUCCUCCUGCCAAACCCCUGCAGCUGGAGGGGAUGGGACCCUCUGCUCUCCACCCAAGUGCCCUGGGGCAGCCGUGGUGCCUUCUCUUUCUGGCUGUAGCCCUGGCACCUGCUGGAGCAGCAGAAGGACAGGGUGAAGGGGCUUGGCCACUCUUCCCUCCAGGAAGACUGUGGAGCACUACGGCUGCUAGCCAGCUGCAGAGGAUGGAGCAGGGGGGUAGAGGCUGGUCCCUGACCCUACUGCCAGGGUGCCUUGGCUGGAAGCUGCUGACUGAACCGUGUGCCCCCAGAGGGGCAGCUCCUGGCUCACUUUGCUGCCCUGGUCCUGGAGGAAGGGUGGGCACCGCGGGCAUACCGUGGCCUGCACCCUCAGCUUUGGUUGACUGGCCAUCCCCCUGCAUGCCAGGGUACAGUGACAUUGUGUCCCCAGAGAACCCAGCCUGCUCUCAGGGCCAGCCAAUGGGCUGUGUUCCCCUCAUCCCUGUGCCAAUCCACCCAUCCACCCGCUGCCUUGGGGACACCAGCAGCAGCAUCCCCACCAAGAGAGACUGGGGAAUGCCCAGCCUGGUGCAUGCUGGUGCAGGAUGGUAGCAAUGGUGAGCAAGGAGAAGGGUCAGCUGGAGCCUGGAAUGAGGAACAUGAGCAGGGCUGCGUGGGGUGCCAGGGCUGGAGCAGGAGGCCUGGGCAGGGUGUGAGGCGAUAGAGGUAUGGCGAAGGGGCAGGCAGGGGGUACACAGUUCCCCAUUUUGCCCCCACAUGCGUCCUUCAUCUCCCCACUGCAUGCUCACGUUCAUCCCAGUGCGGUCUGGCUGGCUGUGGCACAGGGGUCCCGGCAGCCCUCACUGCCCAGUGCAGGGCUCCAGGGGCUGUGCCCUCCCUGCCAGUCUCUGCCUGCACCGGGUCCCGUGCCUUGCUGUGACCCUGCCUUGUGCUGCUGCCUGCACGGGCCUCAGCUGAGUAAAACAUGUUGCCAAA